AUGCAUUUAAUGUCUGAGCAAGAAGACAUUUCUGAAGCCAGAGGAGGUGAAGCGAUUGGUAACGCCUUUGCCCCUGUUGCAGAGAAGCUAAACAACGUACUGCCUGAAGAAAAGGAACUCAUAAAUUACAUUAAGGAAAAAGACUCUAUUGUUGAAAUGGCUCAAGUAGCAUUAAAGGAAGCAACAUCACAAGUACCGGUGGAGUCGAGUGAAAUAAUCAAAAUUACCGUAGCGCAUAUGAUGGAUACCGCAUCCAAGCUCUUCGAAAAACUUCCGUUGAGUAAAAAGAAGAGAGAAGAGUCGGAUCUGGUCGAGUUUAUCGGCAGUAAAACAUUUCACAUGUGGGCAAAUGCGGUGAUUGCUAUCACCUCUGACAAGAUAGAGCUGGCCGAGCACGCAAUUAUCAUCUUUUUGACGGAAGAGUAUGGAUAUACAAAACUGCGUAACGCACUGGAAAAUGCAGAAGUUAUAAAGAAGGAUCCCGAUCUCGCCAGGUUUUUGGACCGCGCACAGCUACAACAAUGGGCUGAAAUUCCACUUGAUUUGAAGAAAGUCUUUAAGUUGCUUAAACUUGGUGAAGAAGGGGACAAAAUCUUGGAACGCCCAUCACGACAAAAGUGGGUAGAGUUUAUUGGCUUCCGUAAGCAAAAUGAGAACCCGUACGAACUGCUGAUUAAGAUACUAAAGGAGCAACAUGGGAACCAGGCGACCCUCAGUGCCGAUCAGAUGCUAGCUAACAUUUUAAGGAGUGCCGUGGAAAAUGAAAAGGUCUCUCUUGAAACGUACGGCCAGUUUGAAGAUGCGCUGCUCAAGACCUGGACUGACGAAGAAAAGCCAAGCGACGACGUAUACUCGUUGAUGCAAAUUGAAAAUGCCAACUUGCCUUUGGAAAGCCCUUUCCUUACCACGUGGAUUCAAUACGUGCGGAUGCAGGAUCCGCAGCUGGAUAUAGCACAAUUGCUCUACUUCAAACUGAAAGAUCUCUAUCCGAGGUUUGAUGAUUGGAAACGAGCGGUGACAAGGCGGUGGAAGGAAAUUACAUAUCCGAUAGAUUGGGUAAUAGGUUGUUGA